UUGUAGAUGCACAUGCACAUUCCAUAUGAUGAACUGAAAUUAUCACGAAACACAUCAAUUUAUGGCGAAAAGGUUAAUGGAAUUUGACUUACUGCAUUUUUCUCAUAGAUGGACAAAUUAAAGGGAAGACAUUGCAGAUUGCUCCAUGUACACUUGCGGGAAGAAUUCUCCGUGUAACCUUGCCGGAAGAUUUCUCCGCAGGAUUUGCUCAAAGGUGUUAUGGUGUAAAGGAUGUCAAGUGGGUCUCCUUGUGCUUCAAAAAAAUGUUAUUGUGGCAUUCCAUCCAAGAUGUUGACAUCGUGGACAACUGAUAACCCGGGGAGGAAAUUCUUGACUUGUAAGUUCUCUGAUGUUCACACUGGUAGAAAAGGUUGUGGCUGGUUUUAUUGGGUUGAUCCUGAUGUUGUGGAGUGGCAAAGAGUCGUGACGAAUGAAUUGGUGGUGGAGAAGAGAUUGCUGAAAACAGAGUUGAGGAUCAUGAUGACUGAAUUGCAGAAGUUAGAGGAUGACAAAGCCCUUCUUGUUGCUGCCAAUGUGAGGCUUGAAAGGAUAUGCAAUGGUGGAGUGGCUGGAAUGAAGGGGGCAGAGGAUAAGGGCCAAACAAUUUCGCAUUCUGUAUUCUGGUUUGUUGUAGGAUUAGUUGUUUGUUGUGUGUUGAAGUUUGUAAUGAAGUUCCUCUAGUGUAAACGCGACAAUGGAACGAGAAAUUGGAUUUCAUGUAAUGUAAUGUAAUGUUGUUGACAUUAGUUGACUCUAAUCA